AUGCUGGGGUAUCGCUUUACGGCGAUAUCAAGGAGUACAAAGAGAAGUGGCAAGGCACAAGAGCAGCGAAGUUGCGGAAGGGAGGGCGCUUACGUGAUCUUGAUCCGUGGGCAUCGCCUCGCUCCCGACCCGGAAGCCCCAGACGCCUUGAAACUUUGGACCUUGAAGCCGAGGCGUGCGUGGGACGGCGGGACGGUGCGGUCAGGGUUGGGGUGGGGGCAGAGAGGAAGUCCCGACACGUUGUGGACAGCCGCUGGGCCCGAGGGCACAGGAGAAGGGUUGUGUGCCUUUUGGCUUCAAAAAGCUUGCAGUGGCGUGAGUCACAAGCUUCAGUGCGCGACCACCUCAGCUUUGACGCUGGCUCCGCCGUUGCGGAGUCGCUGCCAAGCACGGCUGCAGCGCUUCAGAGCCCUGCUGGAGCUCGCCGGUCAGAAGACCCUUGGUGGAGUUGGGCGCUCAGA